AUGCAGGCCGGCCUGUUAGCCGGAGCACAAACGGCCCAUCAAGACCGUGUGGAACCGAUCCAGACACAGCUGACCGAAGAGCUAGAGAGCUGGAGGGCCGAGCAGCAGAGCCGGGAAGACCUGCUCAAAGAGCGGAUCGCCACGCUGGAAAGCGAGCUCACCCGACUUCGGGGUGAAUUAGAUCAAGUUCGCAAUCAAGCUCACCCCAGUGCGCUUAUGCCCACAAGAAACGCCCCGAAAGAAGCCAGACGAAUUGUCUUCCGACGCGAGCAGGCCCAAACAGCCCGCCAUGUGGACAAACAGGACAUCAUCCUUGCGGUCAGCCGCGGACUUGCCCAAGCCGAUUUCCCGAGUUUUGUCCGCGCAAAUGACGCGGGGUACAGCAGCACUUGGGCGGUCACUGUGGUCUUAGAGAAGGGGGCUCUAGGGUCUAUGUUAGUACCAGUCCACUGGGGGCUGGUGGUUGCCGCAGCACAACAAGUAGACCCAGCAAUGAGAUCUGCCGAACUGCCAGAGCAAUGGUACCGAGCCAAGGGAGGAAGUCGAACUGGGAACCCGGAUCCGACUGAAGAGAGACCCCAGUGGCUCUGGCGACAUAGGGAUGUCCAGGGUGGUACCAGGAAAUGGCCCACGAUCGUCGUCACGGUAGGGUCCCUGGAGGAGGCCCGGGAUCUUCUAGUCCAUGGGAUUCGGUUUGGAGGAGCCCGGUUUAAGACGGAACCUUCAAAGCUUGCGGGAGCAACCCACCAUGCUGCUUCAUCUGUGCAGGCACACAUGAAAGACACAAGCACGUUUGUCACGUACUGGACUGCUCGGCCAAGUCCUGCACCGCCUGCCAACAAACGCCCACGAAAUUCGGCAACUGUGGAGUGCCUCACUCAGCCACGGCCGGGAACUGCCCAGCUAGGCGCGCAGCCCGAAAGCAACGACGGGUCGGCAGGGAGCUCAUCAAAACCGUUCGGCGCCGCUGGCCUCCAACCGCCCAAGAUCACACGCGAUCGGUUUGCAUCAGUCUACUACUGGAGUGGGUAA